GUGGUGUACACGCGCGAGCAGCUCCAGCGGUGCUCUCAGUGAUCGGUACCAACACUGUGAUGUUGAAAUUAGUGAACGACGAGAAACAACAAGAACUAAAAACAAAUGAAGUGCAGUGCCUAAAAAAAAAAAAACCCUCGCCUGGGAUAAUGAAAAACUAAAACAAAACAAGAAAACUAAAAACACAUAAAAACAUUGAAAAACAUAAAAAACAAAAUAAAAGUGUGAAGAGAUUAUUGAUAACUUUUGUGUUUGUUUGUGUUAGGAUUUUGACGAGAUGAAAUUGUGGUGUUUAUAAAAGUAUCUUGUGGAUUAUAAUGUGUGAUGGUGGUGUGUGAUGGGCAGAAUGUGACCACCUAUAGCCAAUACCUCUCUUACCUCCCCGCUACCUCCUGUGACGAGUGGCGGCCUCCAGCACCCACCGCCAUUCCUUCCAUCAUGAGGUCAGAAGAGGUCACUUGACGGUUUUAUCACCCCUCGUCAGCUACCACCUCUUCCUCCGUUCUCGACAGGUCACCAGGCAAGAUGAUGGGCAGUAAGUGAGUGAACGGUGGCCAGAGAGCGUCAUGUCCGGGCCGCCCCCACUCAUCCAGGCCGCCGUGGCUGCCAGUGUGGGUGUUGGGGGUGCCCUGCCCCCCACCUACCUCAUGCCUCCCACCCACGAGUCCCUCCUGCACUAUAGCUUCCCUUCUGAGGCCGACACUCUCGCUUACGUGGACGCCCUCAAACACUCAGACCUCAGUGACUGGAGGUCCCUGCAGGAGGUCGCGGCGCGGGCUGGAGCAGGCUCGUGUUCAGGAGCCGUGACCACCUCGGUACUGACGGCGCUCUACCUGCUGGGGCUAUUCAACCUAUGUGUCGCGUCACCCGCCUCCUGCUGCGUCCCUCCCGCAGCUGUCCGCACUCGACGCCGCAGGACGGUGGACCCUACACUACCUCCGCUUCUCAACAACCUUCAGUAUAACCUGUCGAGCCUCUCCCUGGAGCAGUUUAGGGCUCUGCCGCACGUCACUACGCCAGAUGGGGGACGCGUCCCUCUACACAUCUCCGUUGUCGAACAGGUUCGUAAGUUAUGGGAUUCGAACCCUCGGCUGUUAUCGUCGGUGUCGUGUUCAUCAGCAACAGAAUCAGUCCGGUCAUCGUUCAUCUCCCUGAGUGGUGUGGCAUCUGGGAUCAUUCUAGCUUACAGUGUGGCGCAGUUGUCACAGUGUUACCCUGACCACACCCCACACCCCAGUCUUCCUCCUAAGAUAUGGUUCUUCCCCAUCCCCAAGAACUCCUCCCCACAGCCUCACUUCCCUGUUCCCAUCACACCCAGAGAGAUCCCAGUACCAGGUAAAGACGAAGCAGAGGAUGGCUGUGAGAGAGAUGAGGUGCCACUUGCCCAGGAUAGGUGUGCGCUGCUCCUGUCAUCUGAGCCUUGCCCCUACAAGCACUGGGUCCUCCUCAACAAAGAUACCCGAAUGGGUGAGUGUGUACCUCGUCUGUGUGCGGACAACUUUGUAUAUGUUGAAGCUGAUCAAAUGUGCCACGAUGUGAACGAACCUGGAAUUUGUCCUGGCAACAGACGUCUCUACCUUACAGCCGCCGGGAAUGCAGUGUGCGACUGUCCAGAAGGUAUGUUCCCCGGGCCCUCCGACACCUGCUACUUCCUGUACGAGCCGGGUUACUGCCAGCAGGGCUCCGUCGUCAUGUUUGACAAAUACACCAAGACCCUGACCUGCAAAGUUGACCCCUGUGGUCACGUCAAUAAUGACCUCUGGCCUGAUGACCUUCCGUAUGCCCCGAGAAAGGAUGGCUACUGCUACCAGUUUAAUGAGCAAGGACCCUGCAGGCGAGGCCAGAGGUUUGGUUACGACACAGACCAGCUGGAGGCCACCUGUGUAUCGCUGAGGGAGGCCGGACUCGUGCGGCCUCGUAGGUCCUUCAUGUUCCAACAGAUGUCCUUCCCUGCUGCCCAGGACCAUCGCUACAACCACUACCAGGUGUCAUACAUCAUCAUGAACGGCACCACGUGGGACUUGGAGGUAAAAGGGAUCAGGAGGUCGAGGAGGGAGGCCCGCUCGACCCCAGGUCAGGGCCCUCACUUCUUACACUCGGGCCAGAUGGUCGUGCCCUUCCUGGACACUCGAGAGAUACCCCACGACCUCUACUCACUGAAGAGGCCGCGCCGCCCGAGGUGGAUGAAUCACAGACGAACCAGAAGGGGAAACAACCACGCCAGCCGUGUAAGACAUCGCCUGAAUGUGAGGCAUCAAAGAAGCCACGGAGGCACAGCAAGAGGCAGUCAUGGAAGAACUCCUGCCACGUCUCAGCCGACCAGUAGAAAGAUAGUGAGGGAGACAGAUGAUGAUGAUGAUGAAGGCGAAGAACCACGGGCAAUGGUCUGGACAAGGACUACCGCCGAGCACCGACCACGACCCAGGAACAAGAAGAAGAGAAGGCGAGGUAGGGGGAAGGGCCAGGCGGUAGCAGGGCUGCAACGCACUUUUCAGGGCUCAGAGGUCACCAUCACCAUGAGAGAGGCCCCUGACGCUGAUGAUAAGGUGAACCAGACGUCCACGGCGGCCCCGGUAGUGGUUCAACAGGUACCACAGUCACAGACGGACGACACACCGCCAGCCUCACGGAGUCAACACAAGGGGAGGGUCAACAUCAGGCAGAGUCCAGGCACUAAAGGUCAGAAGAGAAAGAGAAAGGGUCGUAGGCGUAGAAAGAAGAAAGGUCGUGAAGGUCACAACAAAAAGAAAAAAGGUCGUAGGCGUGGGGACGGGCGUGGGGGCGGGCGUGGGGGCAAGCGAAAACGCGGUCGUCGGAAGAAGAAAAAACCUGGUACGUGGAAAAACUCAACCCAGGGAGAGAGAAAGAGGAAGAACCCAAAGUUGCCUUUCCGUGUGCCGACUGUGUUAUCUCCCGCAGAUGGUAAUGCCUCUAUAGACGGCACUGCGGGUGUCACAGGGAGGGAUCACUCAGAAGGUACAGGAGGCAGCGAUAAGGAACAAACCACUCCAGAUGUCUUCUCUGAGGAUGAUGACCUUGAUCCUGACGAAGAGUCGGAACAGUCGUCCUCGUCAGAGAUGUCAUUACCAAAGUACCUCCGUCACCGUGGUCGACGACAGCUUGGGGAGGGCGGCGGUAUCAUCCAGGCGCCUCUACUGAGUGCCUGUAAACCUGGAGCCAAGAGGGACUACAACUACAAGUGUCGCCCCAAGUUCAUCCCUCAGGAGAGAGACCGGCGAGGGGCAGGAGGUGCAGGAUCCCUCGCUAACACCAACCCUCGGCCACCCAGAAUAUCCUGCCCAGAGGGCACCCGACUCGACCCCCGGGGUAAGUGUCAGCAGGUGAGCUGACCAGGGCACCACAUACCUUCUCCUGCUGACACCAUAACUACAGCCUCCUCCUGCUGCUGCUGAUACUACACUCACCAUCUUUCUGUUCCUCCUGGUGCCACAGUCUUCAUCUAGGUGUCUGUCAAGAGUAACCCCAGCACUAUACAUAUUGUGUGUGUGUGUGUGUGUAAGAAAUCCAUCCUUUACUUGCUUACACACACACACACACACACUGAUACACACACACACACACAGGCCUAGGUGUAGUAAACGCCUUUGCACUUGCAUUUAAAUGUAUAAUUUUAAUUUACUCUGCAUUUAAAUAUUAACACUUACAUUUGUAUUUAAUUUUUCAAAAGCAAAUGCGAAAACUACUUCUGCUUCUAAUUUCACGCCACACAAGAUCCGUGAACACUGGCCGCCUGUGUGGCUGUUCCUAUAACACGGCUGCCGCUGAGAGGGUGUGCCAACUCUCAACAGGGGGAUAACUCACAAGAUAUACACGAUGUUUGGCUCUGUUGGGCACCAUUUUAUUUGCAUUUAAUUCAUUUAAAAAAAGUUUUAUUUAAAUGCAUAAGGCUGCAUUGAACCCAAGACAACGACUGUGUGUGUGUGUGUGUGUCCAGCUCUACACAUGUUGUGGUGAGUGAACCAUCAGGUGAAGUUGAGUGAAAAUGGCGCCUGAGUGUUGGACGAGUGAGGUGGGUCGUGAAUGUUCCUCAACAGUCGUCGUGUGGUCGUGGAGGAAGACUUGCCCUGGUCGUCUUGUGGUCGUGGAGGACAACUUGCCCUGAUCGCCGUGUGGUCGUGGAGGACGACUUGCCCUAGUCGUCGUGUGGUCGUGGAUGACGACUAACCCUGGUCGUCGUGUGGUCGUGGAGGACGACUAACCCUGGUCGUCGUGUGGUCGUGGAGGACGACUAACCCUGGUCGUCGUGUGGUCGUGGAGGACGACUAACCCUG